UACACCCAGCGCUUGCUAAACGGAGAGUCAGUCACAAGUGUUGUACUAAAAAUGAUGGGCACUAAAGUGAAAAAUACAGAGACACCAUUGUCUUUCAGACAGUUUCACAUCAAUGAGGGUUGCGGGUUUAUUCUUCCUGAGCCUCUGACAGACCUGCCGGUGUUCUACAACCCCUGGAUGGACAUUGCCAGAAAUGUGGCAGAACUCAUCUCUUGCCAUUCUUUGCGCCUCAGAAUUCAGGAUAUGCCUCUGUUGGAGACUCAUUUGUUGCGGACACAUCGUGAGCUGCGUUUGGCCCAUCUGGCUUUGAGCAUGAUGACUGUGGGUUACGUAUGGCAGGAGGGCGAGAGAGAAACAAUAAAGGUGCUUCCACGGAGUCUGUCGGUGCCAUUCUGUGAGGUGUCUCAGAGACUGGGUCUGCCUCCAAUUCUCAUCUACGCUGAUGCAGUUCUUGCCAACUGGAAGAAAAGAGAUCCAAAUGGACCUUUUUCCAUGGAGAACUUGGAGUUGUUGCUGACAUUUCCUGGCGGGGAAAGUGUAAGAGGAUUUUUUCUGGUGACACUGCUGGUGGAGUUGGCAGCUGUUCCCGGCCUGAAGUCUAUCCUUGAUGUAAUCAAUGGCGUCAAUCAUAAUGAUGUUGCUAUGGUCACUAAAGCUCUGGAUGUUGUCAGUCAGGCCAUAGUCAGCAUGAAACAGGCCUUUAAACUAAUGCAUGAAUAUGUAGAUCCCUCCAUAUUCUAUGGCAUUAUGAGGAUCUAUCUGUCUGGAUGGAAAGAUAACCCAUUAAUGCCAGAAGGUCUUGUGUACGAGGGAGUUCAGGAGAAACCAAUGGAGUUUUCAGGAAGCAGUGCCGCUCAGAGUAGUAUCUUACACUGCUUUGAUGAGCUGCUGGGAGUUCAACAUGGAGGCAGCAGCGGGGCCUUCCUGAGAAGAAUGAGGGACUACAUGCUGCCUUCUCAUAAGCAAUUCAUUGAAAACAUCUCUAGUCGCCUGUCUCUGCACAGCUUUGUGCUCCAGAAAGCGGAUGAACGUCUAACAAACACAUUUGAGCAGUGUGUGGCUUGCUUGGUGGACUUUCGGAAUUACCACAUCAACGCUGUCACCCGUUACAUCAUUAUCCCAGCCUUCCAUGCCAAACAGCUCCGUGCCAACAAGGAAGGUUUGGCCGAGGAGCUGGACGCGAUCAGAAGAGCACCCACAGCGCUGGAGGAAAGAGGUACUGGAGGGUCAGGGAUUAUGACCUUUCUGAAGACAGUGCGUGACGAAACCAAACAAACUUCCAUCUCACAGUGUACUACUGAAAACCAAGUUUUGCCAGAACCAUCGAUGACAGAAAUACAGAAGCCUGCAUCUGAGCUCACAAUAGAAUAGUAAUAGCACCAAAGUAACUUGGAAUGGUGGUUUGACAACCAAGGCUCAUUGGAAAAAAUAUGCCUAUUGCAACAUUUCUGCAAAAUGAUAUUACAUUGCUAUUUGUUAAAGUUGUUAUUUGUUAAAAACACAUUUAAUUGAAUCCACAACAGAUUUCGGGGCGUGGAAUUGUCGCCACAAUAACAGACCGGUGUGUAAAACUCUGACAUAUUUUAAAGACUCUAUGCCAUGAACUUUGAAUAUUUCACAUACUUUUGAAAAUCCAGUGUUUAGUUGAUCCUGAUAAGCGCUCGUCGUCACAGUUGUAAACACAACGCCUUUCGUCUUUCGUGAGGGGGUUUGGCGCCACAGCAUCUUUGUUUCCAGACAGAACGUUAAAGAACAUGACACACGUCUCCCGGAAAUCCUGUAUAAUUCAACCAAUCCGAUGACAACUUCGAAACUCCUGAAGUGUUUCCACUUUUGUGUGCCAUAUGCAUCAGACGUUCAGCCUACGGUCCGUGGGCAUGACAUCUGAGGCUGAGACUACUUUGAGAGUCAAAAGCAUCUACAGGAAAGACAAAAUUAAUAAUCACAGCUCCUGACGAUAUAUUGAGGUGUGAUGAUAUAUUGAUGAAAAACGAUUGAACUAUGCAAGAAACUGAACAUUAUUUACAAUCAGACUCGGACCGAAGAACUGAUGAGCUGAUGAUACGAGCAUGCAUAAACCCUAGCACUUGAAUGAAGGGAGAAAAUUAACAUUUUUAUGAUUUUUCAUGUAAAAUGGUUUGCAUGGUUUAUUCACUUUGCAUGCUUUAGACAUUAGACAUCCACGUUUCACAUCAUUAUUAUGUGUUCUCUUUCAUCAUCUCGAACCGGGGUUACAACAGUAACCUAUUGUUUUGUACGUAAACUAACUGGUGAAUUGGUUAUUUGAACCAGUUCAUAGAAGUGAACCGUCUGAAAGACCCAGUUUCACAGAAAAGAAACAGAUUUCCCUGUUUGCCUGAGGCAAUAUAUUACAGGUAAUAGUGUUAUAAAUAAUAUUCAGUUUUUGCACAGACCAAUUGUUGACCAAACGCAUAUUUUACAAACUUACUGGACAUCCAAAACAAUGCUGCUGUAUGUUUGCAAAUUGAGAUUAUUUAUUUAUUUUUAUUUUUAUUUUUUUUGUGAGUUACCAGCUGAUAACUAACAAACAGUGUUGGGGGUAACACAUUACAAGUAAUGCGAGUUACAUAAUCAGAUUACUUUUUUCAAGUAAUAAGUAAAGUAAUGCAUUACUUUUUAAUCUCUGAGAAACUGUCUGUGUUAAAUAAGUAACACCAGUUUCUUUGCUUUACCAUUUAUUGACUGACAGCCCACCUGUCUGCAUGUGUGAGUGCAGAAGCGCUGUGUAACAUAAUGCUUACUGUAGUUCUAGACUAAAUGUCAACAUGCAUUUACUCAUAUCACUCCUCAAAAACAAAACUUUUUUAUAUUUAAAACAAGCAAGCAAGCCCAGAUGAGAAAAUAAUGCAAAAGUAAAAUAAUGCAAUACUUUCCAUAAAAAGGUAACUAAGUAACACAAUUAGUUACUUUUUUUAGGGAGUAACGCAGUAUUGUAAUACACUACUUUUAAAAGUAACUUUCCCCAACAUUGCUCACAAAGAGCUUUUAAAUUAUGUAAAGAAGUGAAAACGGUGGCAGGAAUUCCUCUGUUACACAGGCGUUUCUGACACCUGUACCAAACUCGAAUGAACAACAUCGUUCUUAUGACGAGAAGAACUAAGUAUGCUUUAGAAUUCUGUUCUUUUUUAGGGUCACCUUUUGGCACAGCACAUCUCGUUUUUGGUUUGCUUACUGGUAUUUGGUCUGUAUUGCAUUCAUAUAUUCAUCAAACCGCUUUUGGAAGAGGAUGUUUGGUUUGCUUGGUGCACACCAAAGUUCAGAUGGCACACUAAUUUAAAUGAAACGCAUUAACAGAGCAAUCGCACAAGAGACACACACCCAGUAUUUUUUUUAAAUUGAUUUCUUUUUUUUUUCUUUACAAGAAACAAAGGAAAUUAAGUCUUCAUUAAUCAAUAACAUGCCCUAUAAUCAUGAUUUGUGUAAAACGGAAUAAAUUGGUAUAGGCAUAUAUUUGCAGAAAUGUAGGUAGAGGCAAGUUUUUUUUUUUUCAAAUGAGCCUACAUUGCAACUUGACCUGUUACGUAAUAUUACCAAACAUUAGUGUUUAGUGUUAGGAAAAAUGACAAUGUAUUAGUCUCAAUGAAGAGCUAAAUGUAUGUCUUCAAAGAUAUUCAUUUAUCCAUCACUGUAACACUACCUGAAUUCCCAUUAUAAUGGUUGUAAUAUGUCCUAAAAUGAGUUUAGUAUGUACUGCAUCUUGUUUACUCAUUGUUACUUACAUAAUAAAUGUAUUAGAGCUGUCUCUGCUCUUGACUCUCUAACCUUUAUCUUGGAAAGCUGGGAAAUGGACAUUCCUUUGUUAUUUCAUGCCUUGAAUUAUUUAUAUUUGAAACUAUAAUCCAAUCUAAGCAUUGUAAAGCCUUCUACUUGAGCCACGCACAUAGCUUCCCUUCAAUGAAAAAGAGUGUUAUGGACAUUUUGUGGCAAAGAAUGCCAUGAUUUCAAGCCAAACCAUAAUUUGAACCAUCAACUUUAGUUUCCAUUAUAUGCAACCACUAAUUUUUCCAUUUCAUUUAAAUUAGAAUGCAAAAUAUGUCCCCU